UCAUCGUCGGGCCAACAUCAUGGGUGGCGUGUUGAAUUAGAAUGCCUUCCCACACCCCACACAGGGCCAAACCCCACCGCAAUUCUCCCACCAUAAUCCUCCUGGCUGGGAAUGGUGGGGGUGGACGAGAGAGGACAGAUUACGGGAGGCUAGGUUGAGCGAGAAGGAGGGGAAGAGAACGGAUCUGGUCGGCAGACGGCGCUGCGGUCGCAUUCCACUCCGUGCACCGUACAGCUCGGUCGAGAGCUGCUACUAUUUUCCUGGAUUCCGUUCGGUGCGCUUCGUUUCCGUUUCGUGUACCGUGUAUCUCGUAUCACGGAGAAGGAUCGAUCGACCAGAAAACGCGUAUAUAUAUUAUACGCGAAACUGUGCCCCGGGACGCGCGAAAUAUAUCGCUUUCUUUUCCGUUUAUCCCGUCUGUGUCUCGUUUAAUCGUAGUUUCGUGCAGUGAUUGGCUUAACAAGUGCAAAACCAAAUGGUUGUUCUCGAGGAAGGCGGUAUGCUGACCACUGGACAUAAUCAAUAUUUACAACCGGAUUAUCUUUCUCCGCUUCCAACCACGUUGGAUGCGAAGAAGAGUCCUUUAGCUUUAUUGGCUCAAACAUGCAGUCAAAUAGGUGCCGAUUCUCCGACAAAGCCUUUGAUUUCCCCGCUGGAUAAAACGUCCAAAGGCAUGAAUACCGGUACGAAUGCGAAAUCUCCACCAGCCGCCAAGUUGGAACGGAGUACACGCAGCAGCCCGUCGGACGGGAAGUCGUUGGCGUUUAAACCUUACGAGACUAACGUCGUCUCGAAGAAGUCGUCCUCCGACGAGAGUAGACCUGCUUCCAAAGCUAGUGUUCACAGUGUCAGUGGUCAAGAGAGUUGUGGUGGUGUGAGUGCGAGUGAUCACGCGGCGGAGAAAAAGUCGUCGGGAAAUCGUACGCCCGUCGGUCGAAAGUCGGCCUCGCCCGCGAGUCAAGCGACGGCCACGGCGAGCACCACGCCGUCCAUCACCGAUCGCAAGACACCGGCGGAUCGGGAGAAAACCGACGGAUCGCCUCGCGGCAACAGCAACAACAACAAUAACAACAACAACAACAACAACAACAACAACAAUGGAACGAGCCCGAUCAUUAGAUCCGGCAUGGAGAUUCUUUCCGGCGGCCACGCCAAGGAUACCAAUUUGGCCGCGUACAAGCCCGGCACUCUCGCAGGAUUCUCGGGAAAUCCGUUGUGCUGUCCACCCGGACUGGCGGAAAAUCCUGCGUUCAGACCUCCGUUCGCCGGCGCGUCGCCUUUCUCGCAUCAUCACGCCGCCGCGGCCGCCCUCCUCGGUUAUCCGUCGAGCACCCCCACGGGUGGAAAUCCGUAUCUGAGCUACGCCCGCGUGAAGACGCCCGCCGGCGGAGAGGCGUUGGUCCCGGUCUGCAAGGAUCCUUACUGCACGGGCUGCCAAUACAGCAUGCACAGCGCGCAAUUGAUGAUGGGCACGGGAAGCUGCCCGAGCGGGUGCACGCAAUGCGACCAUCAGAAGUACGGUCUCGCGAUGGCGUUGUCGUCGUUCGGCCCCAUGGCACCCCCGUCGCUCUCCUACCCGUCCACGUUGACCGGGGGCAGGCCGUACGUGUGCAACUGGAUCGCCGGCGAUUCUUACUGCGGGAAACGUUUCACCACCUCGGACGAGCUUCUCCAACAUCUUCGCAGCCACACCAGCUUGACCGGCGGCGACCACGCGUCCUCCUCGGCGGCCCUCCUCGCCAAUCCGCACCCGCAUCCCUUGCUCUCGCCGUCGGCAGCUCUGCACCGCGCGAGCGCCGCCGCCGCCGCCACUUACCCGACGCCUUCGCUCAGCCCCCUCGGCGCUAGAUACCAUCCGUACGGGAAACCGCCGACGGGGCCUCUUCCAGCCUCGUUGGCCGCCUCGCCUUACAGCGCGUUCAACGCGCUCGGACCCUACUACUCCCCGUACGCGAUCUACGGGCAGAGGAUCGGCGCCGCUGUACACCCUUGAAUCGUGGAUACGCGGCAAUCAUCGUGUCGAACGUUCUCAGUGUACGGUCCGUCGUUGGUGUAAAAGCGCCAACACUGCUGUUGCCGCCGCCGCCGCCGCCGCCGCCGCUGUUGUUGCUGUUGUGUAAAUAAUAAUUCGACGUGUAUCAUAGAAAUUUAUUUAAAGAGAUACCUAAUGUGCAUACGUACACGUAUACAUGUAUAUAUACAUAUGUGUGUGUGUACGUGCGUGUGUAUAUGUAUAUAUGUGUGCGCGUGCGUGCGCGUGUAUAAAUUCAGAAUUCGAGUUUCUAAAGAUAUCCUCGCGUGACAGUUUUCCGACAGUUUCCGAUCGUGGAAAAAUGAUCGUUGUUCGCGCAAAAAAAAAAAAAUCUGUAUCGACGUUUAUAUCUCCCGACGUUUUGAUCGUUACGCAGGAAAGGAACAUGUACACCGUAGGAAUGAAAACGUAUCGAAAACGGAGGAGGGAUGCCUCUGUUCGUCGUGUUAUACGAGCGAACGAAAGAAGAAAACGCGUCGUCGAAAUUUUCUCUUUUUUUUUUGUUUUGUUUCUUCUCUUCUUCUUCUUCUUCUACUAUUACUAUUACUGUUUGAACUUGUACUUCUACGCAACGUUGGUUGAACGGGAAAACGGAUUUCGUUCGUUUCGUUUCGUUUCUUGACCACGAGAGAGUCGCUUCGCGAGAAAUGAAAAUUACCUACAAUUACCGCUGAGAUCGUCGUCCCCCGCUUUCUUCGACGAUAAAACGCGUUCGAAACGGCGCGUGUCUCGAAACGGUAUGUGCAUGUUCUAAUGUCCACAAUAUAACUGUGAUAUUACGCUAUUUUUUCGAGAGAGGAAAAGGAAAAAAAAAAAAUUAAUAGGAGAUAAUGGAAUAUUAAAAAUAACGAUCGUAUCUAAACGCUGUAUCUAUAAAGUGUAUCGUCUUAACUUAUUCGUAUCGUUUGUACAAGUGGUGGAAAGAUUGAGAUCUGGUCGAAAUGUGAUCGAACGGAAAACGGAACGUGUCAAAGUCGUUUCUUUUAUUUAUUUUAUUUUUUCUCUUCAAUGCAACUGGUAUAAAGGGAAUACAUACAUACAUACAUACAUACAUACAUACAUACAUACAUACAUACAUACAUACACAUUUAAUAACGAAAUCUUUUUCCAAUUUAUUAUAUUAUGGAGAAAUAAAAGUCGUGGGAUUUCGAUUCCUUUUUUUCUUUCUUUUUUUCUCUUUUUCAUUUUUAAAAACUUCACUUACAUAUUCCGAUCGAAGAGGGAACGUGAAAUGUACGAUAAAAAUUACGCAUUAUUUGCACUGUAAAUAUCUCUUGUAAAUAUCGUUGAGUUUCCAUACCGCUUUAAUAAAAAUAAUGUUUGUGAAAUCAUUAAAUUUGUCUUUUCAUUGAUAUCAUUUUCUUCUACACUGUCAAUUUUUCCCUUAAUACUUGCGUGAAACUCGUCUAUAUAAUAAAUAUUUUCUUCUUUUUUUCUCUCUCUCUCUUUCCCUCCCCAUACCUCGAUCAACAAAACUUUCCCUUCUUCCCUCAAAAAAAAAGAUAGAUUUUUAGAACGAUUUUCUCCUCGAAAUCGGUUCUUCUUUUCUCUUCUUCUUCUCUUUCCUCCCGGAUUAAAAGUCGGAUAUUAUUGGAAAUUCGUUCGUCGCGUACAUGCGUUCGUUAACGAGAAUAGACGGGAGCGGGGGAGGGAGGGUGGCGUGAUAUCCAGGCUUCCGAUUCGCGCCACCAGGGCGCUCGAUCCCCGGGAUAACCUAGGAGAGGAGAGUAAAUUUAUUUCUUUCAUUACGGACGGAGCAAGUUCUCGCGUAGUUCUCGGGUAUCGGCGGUGCAAGGCGGAGCGCAUAAAUCCGCAGCCUAGCGUCGGAGGGGGGAAGGAGGGGACGGUGUGGGUGGUUUGCAGACCCACGCGGAGCAGGAGGGGAUGGCGUACCCUCUUGGAGCUGUUGGUUUCUCCGCGGCCGGGGUGCCGUGCGGUGUUCGUUGCGGCGGGCAAACCCCUCCGAAAUAACUGAAAUAUUCGGUGAUUUUAACCGUCGGAAUGAAUAGUUUCCCCGUAUCUCGCGUUUCACGGAUUGGAAUUCGUGUUAUUUCGCCACCGUUACGCGCAUCGUUGAAUCUCAAUUAGUCUCACUCGUCCUGUCUGGGAUAUUUUACGCGUGCAUCGAUCGUUCUAUAAUUUUAUAUAUAUAUAUACACACACGCCUCCCUCCUCCCUUCCUCUCCGUCCUCUUUCUCAAAAGUCUGCCAACAAGAUUCUUAGCUAUUUAUAAGGAAAUCGAUAUUAUUAUACGUAUAAAUAUAAAUAUAUAUAUAAGGUGUACAGAUAUCGUUGCGCGUAUAAAUAAGAAAAAUAAAUAUGUUUCCGACUUCGCGUGCGAGCAUAUAAUGUACAAUAAGAGGUAUAUAAAUAUAUGAAAUAGAAAGCUUGCGGAAGCUGAUAAUCCACGAUAGGUAAUUAUUUUUUAUUUAUCAUGUAAAACGAGUAGCGUAUAAGAGUUUAACUCUAAGGAAGAAAAGAAAAAAAAAGAAAGAAAGAAUUUUCAACAAUUGGCCCGAAUGAACGAGAUGUUCAAGGCUGGAGGAGGAAAAAAAAGAAAACUUAUGUAACGACGGUAGAAAUGUAUUCAUAUACUUGUGCGAAUAAAUUGAAAGGAAAAAAAAAAAAA